AUGGAUCAUCAAGGUAGUAUUGGUGGGGUCAUUACGACGAGUGCUCCCCUCCACUUCGACGCUUCUCUCCAUCCACAAAACAUCCUCUCUCAAUACCGAUCCGACACUCGAAUCAGCAUCUCCUUCGAAAUGAAGCUCCUUCUCAUCGCCUACGCUCUGGGCUUGGCUCAUGCAGCCGCCAUUGCCGGAACCACGCCAAACAACGGAGCUGGAUUAUCUCCAAACAACGAAGAUGGUCUGGAAGUCAGGGACAACGAAGUUGUGUGCCGCACACGAGAGGGCAUGGAACUGCCUCCGCCGCAAAGCCAGACACGUGGACUGCCCUGCCACCAUGACACAUUGCGACGCCGACUGCUGUGCGAUCUGCCCGGCCAGAGACGCCAAUUUCGCCUAUGGAGUUGGGUGCUAGAGGGUACAAAGGCAAUGAACACCAUGGUCCUCAUCCAUCAUUCCUCAGCACUUCCAGCACCUGGGUCCAAGCCAUUCAACCCACCUCGAGGUCCAGACAUGCCUUCUGACCGCCACCUCGCGAAGCAGCAGCGCAAAGAAGAGCGCCGCCGGGUAGCUGAACGCGAGAUGCGCCGUGAACCUGAGGAAGAUCGAGCGAGUGUAGCUCCAUUCCCUGAGCUGGAGCGCGCGAUUGAGAACCAAGAGUACCACUUCCCUCCUCAUGAGCCGAUUGCAGAUGAGGCGCGCAGUGCGCAUCCAGAUUUGAAUGGUGGAACUGCGAAGUGGGCUGCUACAUCGCGUGCGCCAUCAUCGCGCCAGGAGAUCGAGUCGAGCAUCCACUCCACCGGUGAUCAUCGUGAGAUUCGACGUCAGCCACGCCGUCGUGCGUACCGUCAAGAGUAUCUCCAAGGGCGUACGGUCCAAGUUCCAGGUACUCAGCGACCUCAGGAGUAUCUGCACCACAUUCACCACGGUCUCCUCAAAGGCCCAACGCCAACUCCCAGUCUCAACUAUGCUCCUCAUCACCGGGUUCCACGCUCUACUUACGGUGCGGGUCGAGAGCAGUACGGCGAUCCCUACGGUACUCAACACAAGCGCGCACAUCAAUAUUCUACCGCCUCACGCGAUCACCCGAGCAGUCGCGACCCAUUCUUCGAGCGCCACAAUGGCGACACUGCUGACCAGCGAGGUGGACUUCAAGGCUACACUUUCCAGCCCGACUCCCAAGUAUCCAAUCGUCCCUCGCUCGAUCGCUCACACAGCCGCAAACCCUACUUUCGGCGCCACGAUCGUGGCUCUCCUCACCAUGGCGGCUCCUUCGAUGGGCAUCAGCAUUUCGCCUUCGUGCGCUCAGACAGCCGCGAGUCGCAUCGUCGGAGCCAGGAUCGCAAAUCUCCACACCACUCAAGCGUGCUUAGUGAUGUCACUCGUCAAGAUGCUUCUCCAUCAUACGGUGCCUUCGGCACCACUCAGUCCGGUAGCCUCGAGUCCUACCGUCGACGCCAUGAGCUCCGCUUUCCCUACGGCAAUGGAUCUCUCGAUCCGGAUCGAAACAAUCACCGUUCGAUCAAAUCACAACGCCCAUCGUCUGAGGACCUCAACACCACGCUUGAUCGUCUGCAGAUUGGUGCUCCCUCUUCACGCCAGCCGUCCGUGGUCUGGAACCCCGACCGUCCUUUCCCAAGUGCUGCACCGACUCACAACGAUCACAACCGCCAAGUGAACGGACCCAAGGGCAGCCGCGCUCACUAUGCGCAUGUAUCUCUUGAGCCAUUCGACCGCUAUUCCAACCUCUCCCUCGCUCAGCAGAACGGAGAUCACCAUGGACAGCUGCAUCGCAGUGCUGAUACUCUUCAUCCACUGCCAGCUCUACGCGGCCACAGCUCUUACGACCAGUCGUACCUCACCGACUUCGAUCGUCCACGCCGUGGACCCGCGAAUGUGUCAGAGAACAUGCAUGAGAAGAACCGUCAGGGCUGUAUCCAGGGCACUGGCGAGUACGAUGCCAUGUGGUACACUGGGUUCUCUGUGGACCAUCAUGACUCCCGCGACUCUUCCAUCAAUCCAUCUCAAUCUGAACUCCAAUCCAUCAUGCGCCGCUCUCGGGAACUAGACGCCCACCUCCUCGGUGCGACUGUGCGUAGCAACUCCGACGGGGACUCGGAUCUUGGUUCAGGAAGUACGGUGACCCUGGAUGGAGAUGAGGGCAGCUCGAUCAUGGCAGACGACUACGAGAAUGUCUUCGCAGAAGAGAAUGCGCGUAGUAGGAAUGACUACACUGGACGUGGGCGUGGGAACUCGUGGUCUGAGGCAAAGGGUAGGUUUGGACUUUGA